CGGCCUUGCUGGAAUCCGAGCGAGGAGAGAAGAGAUCGAUCGAUAGACCGGGCAAUAAUCGCCAUGGGCGCCGGAGCCUCCGUGCCGACGGACCCGAAUGGCGCGAUGCGUCUGCAGACCCCGUCGCGAAUCGUGGCCGCGUUCCUGAACCUCGCCAACAAGCCGCACCACGUGCCGCUCGUGGCGGCCAAGACGCAGUGGAAAAUCGCGCAGCCCUUUGUGGGGGCCAACGGCGAGCCGUCCACGAAUGAGCAGGAGCUGCUGCACAUGCUGCACGACCCCGUGGGGCAGAAGCACAUCGGCGCCUUCGCCAAGAAGAUCCUGACGUCCGAGACCUUCUUCUGCUGGGUCGAGAUCAAGGAGUUCCGGGAGGCGCCAUCCAUCGGGUACCGCAAGUCGAUGGCCAAACUCAUCUACCGCAAGUACAUCAAGAACGGCUCGACCAUGGCGCUCGGAAGCAUCACGUCCGACCUCAUCGCGCUCUACGAUAAAAAAAUCGCCGAGCUCGAGGCCAGCCACGGCUCCAGCGCGACGGUCGAAUUCUUUGACCCUCUCAUGACAAACAUCGUGGCCGAUAUGUGUCAAAACACCUUUAUGCGCUUCAAGUCCUCGCCGGAGUAUGAGGCGUACAAGAAAGACCUGAAGGAUACGUACAACAAGGUCACGAUCGAGGACUUCGAAUACCUGGAGCUGCUUGGUAGUGGCGGCUUUGGCCGGGUCGUCCACGCUCGCAAAAAGUCGACGGGCAAGCACUACGCCAUGAAGAUUCAGCUCAAGACCGGUCUCCUGGACGAGCACCACGAUCAACUAAGCCAGAUCACAUCCGAGAAGGACAUUUUGCAGAUCUGCCACAACCCGUUCGUGCUGGACAUGCACUACAGCUUCCAGACGCCGGCGCAUGCCAUCAUCGUGACAGAACUCGUUCGAGGCGGCGACCUGGGGGAUGCACUCAAAUCGUCUCGGGACGGCUACCUACACGAAGACCGAGUGCGGCUGUACGCGGCUGAGAUCGGCCUAGCACUCAACCACAUGCACGAGCUGGGGCUUAUUUAUCGCGACUUGAAGCCUGGUAACGUACUUCUUGGGGAAGACGGGCAUGUUAUCUUGGCCGACAUGGGUCUCGCUGCUGGUUUCGACCCAGUGAAGCUGAAGAAGGACGACUCGGGCGACUACCGGUAUACACCAGUGCAGCCGAAGCUCACGCGACGGAAGACUACAGUAGGAACCCGAGGGUACAUGGCACCCGAAAUCAUAUCGGGCAAGCUCGUAAAGCGCGACCAGCGGCCCGGGUACACGUUUGCAGUGGACUUUUGGUCUCUUGGGGUCACCGUUUUCGAGCUGAUGUGCGGCUUCCAGCCGUUCAGCAUGCACUCGAGCGGCAAUUUCUUCCAGGAGGUGGCGAACGAGGAGAUUUUCCGAUUGUCUCCGCGAACACAACACAAGAUCGAGCUUCAGAAAAUGGCACAGGGCGUCACCUUCCCGCUGCACCUGACUCGGAACGCGCAGGACUUUUUGAAGCGUCUGCUGGAGGUGUCGCCGGAGCACCGACUAGGCUGCAACCCCGAGAAGGGCUUCGCGGAGUUUAUGGAGCACCCGUUCUUCGAGACCGUGGACUGGGAGAAGCUCAUGAUGAAGCACAUUGACCCCAAAUUCAAGCCUGCGCUGCCGCUGCUGACCGACAAGAAAAUCUACAAUUCGUACGAGCACAUGAUGUCACACUUCGACAUGCGCGACAAGGACUUCAUUCGACAUGACUGGUACGCGGAUCCCGACCCAGAAAUGCAGAAGCACUUUGAUACAUGGGACUACAUUUCGCAGUACACUCUGCGAGCAGAGCUCGGUAUCGCCAAGGAGCUGGACGAGACCAACAUCCCGUACAAGGUGUUGCAGCUCACGGGCGAAGACAGCAAGGCCAAGUUCACAGCGCCCAAAUAG